UAUAUUUUCACUGUAUAUACGGGUUUUGAAGGUAUUUCAUUGUCCUCAAAACCCCAUUCUACAGUAACAAUCAAUCAUAUAUCUUCAAGAGCUCAACAAUUGCAAAAGUGGGCAGUUGAAAAUCGUCCUACUCUUGAUGCACUAAAGAUAUGCCGUGAAUACAAUAAUGCUGCAAUUAACCUUGCUAUUCCAGUCGUUGCUGAAAUUUCUAAAAUAUCUGAAGUACCUCCAUCAAUUGAUCCGACGAAAUCCGUUUGGAUUCACGACACAAUCAAUCUGCAGCUGUUUGAAAACAGUUUAUGCAGAUUCUGAUACAAGGUUUUUUUGCAUGCAUUGUGGUACGGAGGAUGCAAUUGCUACUCCAAGAUCCAGAGCGAAUGUCUCAAUCACUGAUACUACUUCAACAAUUGAAGCCUCGAUUUUUGGGCAAUGCGUGGAAAAACUUCUGCUCAUGACUAGCAAACAAAUUAUGGAAGUAGAGCUACAGGGUAAGAAGGCAUCAUUUCAAUAUGCAAACAAGCGCUUGGAUAAGGAAGAGUAUAUUGUACAACUGAGGUCACAAGCAAGUACUUAUCAAACCAAUCCAGGACCCUGCUACACCAUAACAUCUUUGCAUGAUGCAUCUCAUUACAUUGUCACAACCAACAUUGAUCCAUCAACCCCUCCUUCAUCAAAGAUGAAGCUCCCACACUCGGGAGUAGAAGAUUCGCCUGUUGAUUUGAAGCGGCAGAGAAAAGCUUGAUUACUUAUCACCAUUACCCACUACUUCUAUUACUCCAACUAUUUUCCUAGAACUAUUGUUUUAAAUUUAUUUCAAACGCUACAGCCCAAUACAUAUUUGACUACUUCUUUGAUUAAAACAUUUUUGUGUUUAUUAUGUUUGUUUUGAUAUAAAAACACAAAUACAUACUAAUGUUUCAUGUGAAUCUCACUACUAUUCUGUUUAUUAUAAUCAUGUUGUCUAUUUUAUUUUCCCACAUAUAUUCUAUCCUAUAAAUGCUUUACGGUUUAUGAUUCUUUAUCCAUAAAUAACAAAUUAUGUAUUCAACCA